AUGACGGCGGCACCCAACGGCAGCUCAACCAACGGCAGCUCGAGCCUCGACCCGUACACCAAGCUCUGUCAAGAUGUGUCGGGUCCCAACGCGAACCCUCGUGCCAAGUUUGUGCUGGACAGUCUGAUGAAGCACCUGCACCUGUUUGCGCGCGAGGUGCAGCUGACCAAUGAGGAGUGGCUGGGCGCAUGCGAUCUGCUGAUCCGUUCGGGACAGAUGUCGGACGAUCGACGCAACGAGCUGAUCCUCAUCUCUGACGUGCUUGGGCUCGAGUCGCUCGUCGACAGCAUGGCGUACGAGCGCGCACAGGCGUCGUCGGGCUCUGCGAACAAGGCGGCCGGUGGUUUGGAAGCGACGCAGUCGGCGAUUUUGGGUCCCUUCUUCCGCGCCGGGGCCCCCUCGUACCCAAACGGCAGCGACAUUGUGCUCGACCACACCAUCACCUCUGCGGAAGGCAAGCUCGGCGAAAGCGCCUACAUGCAUGGCCGUGUCACCGACGCCGCCACGGGCAAGCCCAUCGUAGGCGCAGUCAUCGACGUCUGGCACACGGGUCCCAACGGCCUGUACGAACAGCAGGACCCCGCCCAACCGGACUUCAACUACCGCGGCAAGUUCACCACGGACAACGACGGAUACUACGCAUUCCGCUGCUUGCGCCCCACCUCGUACCCGAUCCCCUACGACGGCGGCGCCGGUGACAUCUUGAAGCUGCUCGACAGGAGCCCGAUGCGCCCGGCACACAUUCAUUUGCUCGUCGAGGCCAACGGCUACAAGCAACUGAUCACGCAGAUCUUCGACUCCAAGUGCGAGUACCUCGGCUCGGACGCCGUGUUCGCGGAUAAGAGCGCCCUCACCAUCGACUUUGUCCCACCGCAGAGCGAGCAGGCCAAGAAGAGCGGCAGCCAGCACGAAGUCACGUAUGACAUUCGUCUCGUUGCUGACAACCAGACGUGGAAGAGCACACACUAG